AUGGUAAAAAGAUCAGCCGUAUAUACUGCCGUUGGAAAAUUUUGGGGUCACAAAGAUUUUAAAUUUGAUUAUUGGAUUGAGAACCAAUUACAAUGCUGCGGAUAUCCUAAGCGUAAUAACACAGCUUGUGAUAAAAGACUCUACACCUGUGACGUUGUAUUUGAAUACAAAUUCAAGAAACGAGUGAAAUAUAUUUCAAUAAUUUUUAUUCUCAUUAUCUUCCAACUUGCUGCUUCUAUUGUUGGGUUUGUUUACUUCCACAGACUUAAUAAUGCGCGUGUCGAGGCUGAUUCGGCAGAACAAAAUCCGGAACCAGAAAAUAAACCAGAAACUACAAUUUCUGAUUCUAAACUGAUUCCAGAAGGAUACCCAGGUGAUGAAGAAGAUAGUCCUCUAUUUAAUCAGCAACAGAAUGAUGAGAGUGAUGAAGAAGAGGAAGAAACUCCUUCCGUCGAAAUUAAUCAGAAGGAAUCAAUUGAAGAAGAAGAAACCGAAGAUGAUGAUGAGGAAGAAGAUGAAGAAGAAAUCAAAGUUUCAACUCCUCAACGCAAACAUCGAAAAUCUUAG